GAGCAACGUUGCCUCUCCACAGGUUUUGAUAAAUCUCCCCCAUUGUAUCCAAGUACACAGAGAUUGGGCUGAGGACCGGCUCACACACCUCUACCCUUUUUAUAUAGGACAGCUGGACCAUUAUAUAAAGAAAACAUUUUAAACUUGGCAAUAAAUUAAAUAUUUCCUGCCUGCUGUCAGAGAAGAUAUAUAUGAUGUUGGUGGAAACACAAGGACUGUGAUCACUAUAGAUUUCUGCUACAGGAACCAGAAUGGAGAGCUACAGCUACGCAACACAUUUUGAUGGCUUUGGGAACCUAAACUCAGGACCAGAAGUUACCCAGGUUAACCGUGAUCGUGGGUGUGAGAGUUCACAUUUAUAUGGGGCUCCUCUGUGCUCACCUACAAUAACACAGGUGGACAGCACCAUUACUUUACCUGAUACUCUGUACAGUCAGAGUGGAGGAUGUCAGUAUGACAACAGACUGUAUCCUAUUUACCCACAUCUAGUUAGUGGAUAUAUUCAUCCAGCAAAUGCUUCAGGUUAUACUGGUGCAGAAAGUUUCCAGACAACAUACGGACCUUGUACUGACCAAUAUUCACAACUAACAGCAGCCACAAGUACAACGGAUGCACAUUCUGACAAAAGAUAUUUCCAGCAUUGGACCAUAGAUGAAAGCAGAACGCCCAUUUCUACCCCAGGUCUUUUGAGUGAACGUCCUUAUAUUCAACAAAGUCAUUGCAACCCAAUGGUAUGUAAGGAUAAUAGUACAAUUCUGUACAUGAACAGCCCUAACACCGGAGAACUAAAGAGCUACCAUGUGUUAUCUCAAUGUGAGGGACAACCUCAUCCUAAAAAUCCAGAAACAACUGAGAAUAUUAAAAGAUUUCAAGGUGGUUCUGAGCGCCAACCUGCGCUAAGAAGCAUUUUACCUGUUGCUGCUAUGCCAAAGUUUACCAUAUAUGAUAUGGAUAACAGGACUAUGUAUGCUUUAACUGAUGAUCUAGCAUUUUGCACAGGCUUAGAUAUAGAAGGAGCAUCAAACUUAACCCUACCAGGUUUGUAUUACAGUUCUGGGUCGGACUAUAGAUCAAAAAGACCAUGUAGGUGUUUAAAGUCACAGUGCUUAAAGCUUUAUUGUGAAUGCUUUGCAAAUGGUGAAUUCUGCAGCAACUGCAACUGUAGUAACUGUUACAAUAAUAUAAACCAUGAGUCUGAACGGCACAAGGCUAUGAAGAUAUCCUCUCCUUUCUUCAAGGCGUAUUUAGAUAAGAAUCCAGAAGCUUUCUUGUCUAAGAUUGGAAAAUUAAAAACUGGUGAUGUCAAUCCUAGACAUACAAAGAGAUGCAGCUGCAAGAGAUCUGGGUGUCUUAAAAAUUACUGUGAAUGCCAUGAGGCUAAAAAUAUGUGCUCCUCUAUGUGUAAAUGUAUCUCAUGUAAAAAUUAUGAAGAGCAUCCUGACCGCGUAUUUCUUGAAAAUAAGCAGCAAUAUGCAGAUACAGAGAGCAUUUUACGGACUUGUGCUUCCAUAGAAGUUGUGAGAGCAGCAUGCGUCUGUCUUUUAGCACGGGCUGAAGUAGCAGAGAGUGAGCAGUAUUCAGCCAGCAAUGCGGAGAAGAUGAUAAUUGAAGAAUUUGGUAAAUGCUUAGAACAGAUGCUACAGAAAGACCCGACCUAAAGGAAGCUAUUCAUGGUCUACUCACAUAGUUACUCAGUAUAUAGCGCUUAUACAACGCUUGCAGCUGUUUUACUCUCUUACAUAAGCUAUCUCAGUUGAUGUUAUUAGGUGUAAGGAACAGUGUAAGAAUUAGUACAAUGUUAAGAAUGUUUUCUUUUUAAAGGGGUACUCCCCUGGAAAAAUUUUUUUUUUUAAAUCAACUGGUGCCAGAAAGUUAAACAGAU